AUUUUCGAUGUUCGUUGUUGGAAGGCCGUUCUUCAUUUGGCGGUCUUUAGUCCGUUCUGGUUGGCGGUCUAUUUAGUUCUCACUUUCCCUUAUAUGAUGUUCGUGUUGAAUAAUGGGAGUUCACUUCCCCCAUUGAAUCUUAUAACCAUGGCUACUGUAAUCGAAGCAAAUGGGCCAGUUUACAAUGGACCUGGAGCCAGCAAACCUAGCUCCCCAUUUGUACUCUGUAAUCUUGAGUUAUCUCAGCGUGCUGCUGUAGAAAAGGCCAAAAAGUAUGCAAUGGAACAAAGUAUACGUUCGGUGCUUUUGCGUCAAACUCAGUCACAGCAGUCUCUCCAACUAAAUAAUAUAAAAAAGAAUCAAACUGUUGCACUUCUGAAUCGCGUUUACGUUGGCUCAAUAGCAUAUGAUGUAAAGGAAGACAGUCUAAAACAAGUGUUUUCACCGUUUGGUCCUAUUAAGUCUGUGAAUUUAAGUUGGGAUCCUUCUACACAAAAACAUAAAGGGUUCGCAUUUCUUGAGUUUGAAUACCCCGAAGCUGCACAAUUAGCUAUUGACCAAAUGAACGGUACUAGCUUUGGUGGGAGGCAGUUAAAAGUUGGUAGACCAAGUAACCUAACAAACGCCGAACCUGUCAUAAAUGAGCUAGUUAAUGAACACAAUCUUCAUAACCGCAUUUACGUUGCUGGCAUACACUUAGAUCUCACUGAAGAUGAUGUUUCUUUAGUAUUUGAAGCUUUUGGGAAAAUAGUGUUUUGCAAGCUUCAACCUGAUCCAACUAGACCGAUGCGCCAUAGAGGUUUUGGUUACAUAGAAUAUGAAUCCACUCAGAGUGCAGCUGAUGCUGUUGGUAGCAUGAAUCAGUUCAAUCUUGGUGGACAGCUUUUGAGAGUAUGCAAAGCUAUCUCACCCCCGGAUGGUAUUUCAAGUGCCAGUUCUUCUAAUCUCCCACCAGCAGCAGCAGUGGCUGCGGCUUCCGCUACUGCUAAAGUUCUAUCAAUGGAAACAGAGCAGCUCCCUGUGAAUUCUUAUUCAAAGCAACCCGAAGUGGCUCAUCCUGUAGUACUGAAUACUCUGUCCUCCACAACAACACAGUCUACCAAUCUUACCAACAGCUCUUUACCUACAUGUUCUCCCACAACAGUCCCAACUACUGGUCAAUCAACACUUGAUCAGCCCUCAUUAAGUGCUGAAUUUAAUGCAACAUUCACACAUGUGAAUAAUUACAAUGAGAAUUCUAAUGCUGUUGCUGUAGGGACUUGGCAACCUGAGGUGCCUGGGCAAUAUUCACAUGCCCAACCCUCCUCUGCAUCUCCAAGUAGCUUCACAUCUCAUUCUGCUUCCUCCGGAAAUCCAAACUUUUUCUCAGGCGGUGUUUUGAUUUUACGUAAUAUGGUCGGUCCAGAAGAUUGCGAUGACGAACUGGAAGGAGAAGUGGCCGGAGAGUGUUCGAAAUAUGGAUCGGUUGAAAAAGUGUUAAUUCACCAAGACAGUGCUCAUGAGACAAAUGAAGAAUUCGUCAAUAUUUUUGUUGUAUUUUCUGACCCGUGUUCAGUACACAAUGCUGCAAAUGCAUUAAAUAAGCGCUACUUCGCUGGAAGACAAAUAACUGCCGAGCCAUAUGAUGUGGAAGCUUUUAUGAUGAAUGACUUAUCUCGUUAACUUUUUAGGUGUACCGUUUUCCUCUAACAGCCUUGUUUCUUGUAAAUACUAAAUAUAUACAUGAUUUUGAUGUUA